GUCAAGCAAGAAUGAACUAUGACGUCAUUUUGCAGUGUUUAUUUUGUUGUCAUGUCUGUGCAGGGACUCUUUUGACGGCUUUUGGUUUUGUGAAAAAAUACGGUUCGAUACCUUCGGAAUGAGCUGUAAUUGGCAAGAAUAGUCCACUUUCAUGGAUAAAAUGAAGAUGCAGAACUGUUAGGUCCUAUUCUUCUGGAAAAGACUCCUAAGCACUACACCAUUAUGUAUCGUGAACAUCUAGCUGCUGUCUCAGAAUGGUUCGAAACCUUGUCAGAAUGCGAGCAAAUUGUUGCUCUGUAUUCCUUGUUGAAAAGAUUGGCUCCUGCUCAAGCCCGGUUCCUUACAUUGGCAAUGGACCAGUCAUUGGAAAAUUGUGUUGAACUUCAACUCGCAGAGCAACAGGCAAAUAAUCCAGGGUUCGUCAGCAGCCUUCUAACAGAAAGUGCUGAGACUGCAAUGUCUCAGCUUCUGCAACACCUUCCUUUGCUGCGGCCAGGAAACAAUGAAGCUAGGUCACGAUACAUAGCGGUUAUCCCUCGUGUUUUGAGUCAUGCGACUGGAACAGGUUCACAUCUGGAAGAAGCCAGACAGCUUCUCUCUUAUUCCCUCAUUCAUCCAGCUCUUUCCAAUGAUGAUAAAAGAACCCUAAAUCCGUGGCUUAAGAUGAUGGAAGAACGCAUCACUAAUGGAGGUACAGGUGUGAAUACUCCUUCCAUCACUGCUGACUCCUCUCCAACUCAGCAGCCACCACAGCAAGGACCACAGGCAUCUCAGCAAGGGCAGCAACAACGCCCUGGAUUGACUAUUUCAAACAAUGGGCAUUCUCACUUACAAUUCCAACCAAACUCUCAGCCUCAAGGAGGAGUUGGUAACUUUACAAAUGGUAGCCAACCAAGAGUACGCCGUAGCAACAGCCUCACACCACCAGUGAGCAUCGCUCACAGUGUUGAAUUGUGGAGCUCGCAGGAUGAUCUCUCUGGCCGCCAAAAAGCUCGUAGUUUCUCUUUGUCAUCUGAGUCAGGCCCACCACUUUCCCCACAAAGCUCUCAAGCCUCAUCAGGCAGUGGCUCUGAAUCACAUUUGGAUGACCUCAGACUGCAGUUCAGCAGUGACAACUGUGGUAUGCGUGAUAUACCAUCAUGGUUGAAGUCUUUGCGCUUACACAAGUAUGCAUGGUUAUUUGCUCAACUAAGUUAUGAUGAGAUGUUAAACCUCACUGAAGAGAAGCUUGCAACAAUGGGUGUUACUAAAGGUGCAAGACACAAGAUUGUACUAAGUGUUCGUAAACUUCGUGAACGCUACCACACUCUAUGCCAGUUAGAGAGAGAUGUUGUGGCUGGAGCUAGUUUAUCUCAAGCAAUGGAUGAUUUGAGAGCAGUUUUAUGCUCACCAAUCAAAGCGAUUGAUGAAAAGGACAAAGAUUCCACUGUUGAAGAUAUUCCAGAACAGUUCACCAAGGUUAUGGGGAAAGUGUGUACUCAGCUGCUUGUAUCAGGACGUGCAGAAGAAAAGCUAUUGAGCGACUUUGUAUGGCUUCUCGACCGAUGCCUACAGCAUGAGGCCUUCAGUGCCAUCCACAAACAGCGUCUUGGUUGUUGGAAAUUGCAGCUUCAACAUGUGUGGCGUCCAUCUCCACAGCGUCACUUGCACAAUAGAUACAAGUGGCAUAAUCCUCACUCACAGUCAUUUUCAGUGGGUUCACACCCUGCAGUAAGUGCACGUUUCCAGGGUAUCAUUGGCCAGGGCUGUCCGUCCUCUCAAACUCAGCCUUCCCAAUUACAACAGCAGCAGCAGCAGCAACAGCAGCAACAACAGCAGCAGCAACAACAACAGCAGCAGCAGCAACAGCAGACUGCACAACAACGCGCAGCAACAUUUGCCAGUCUCUUCCAAAGUUUGGCACCUUCGCAACAACAACAUCGAAACAGUCUUGCUGUUAUUGGCAGCCCUCAACUUGGAGGAAUCUCUGAAUUCAUGGCCAAGCGUCCCAGUCUUCAAGAUCCACUUUUGAUGGAGCCUCUUGAGGGGCACUCUCAGCUGACCAGAACACGUUCUGCUCCCCACAAACCAAGUCAACAGUUAGGCUCUCCAGACACCACUCUUCCACCAAUAAGCCUUCCAUCAGCACUGCCACCCAACAGCAAUGAUUAUGAUCCCAUCAAUUCUCGUCUGGAGUCUCUGUGUCUUAGUAUGACAGAGCAUGCAUUGGGUACAUCUUUGGAGCUUUAAGUGGAACUCCAUAAUCAAUAAUCAAAUGGACUGAGGGAGGUAAAGGUCAAAGUUAAAAUUUAAAUUUGGAGGUGACAAAAAAAUUAGGAACGAAGAGACUGAGACAGCCGCAAGACUGUGCUGCAUUACGCUGUCUUAUAGUGAGUCAAACUGUAGCAUUUCAUUUUCAAUCCUUUUAAUAUUUAGAUAAUCUUUGAUACUAGACCUUAUGUUGUAAUGUUCCAAAUGUCAUGAUUUGUGAACAACAGAACUGAGAUGAUUUGUUACUAUAUGUCGUCUGAGAGUUGAGAAUCCAUUCUGCCAUGAACAUAUGUAAAAACUACUUUAUUGACAAUUCAUAUGUUUUGUAUGUUGUGUAUAUAAAUACAACACCAAUAGUGACGUGUGUGCGCGUGUGCAUGUAUUCUUCACACCUCUGAUUAGUAAUCUAUUUUAAGAUGCCUAUUCUUGUGUGGCUACUUGGCUAAUCUCUAAGCACAUUGCUUUGCUGUAAAGCAGUUCUAUGUGACUGUCCUUCUUUGUGUUUACAUUUAAGGAAUCCAUACUGUAUGAAAAUUUAAGGUUUUAAAGUAGAAUGGUCUGAUUUGUGUAGUUAAUUUGCACUUUUAAAAUAUGACAAAUUAAUUAAGUGUAGCUCUUUUUUCUUUGGUUUUUUACAAGAAAGUAGAUUACUUUGCUAAUGAAAACUUUGAACUGCCACAUUGCUUGGUGUCUUCUGUUUCUUUCUCUCAGACUUCAUAACUGAACUGACUGACUAUUUGUCUGGUGUACAUGGUUUGUCUGGGCGUUCAAUCAUGCAUGAUCUAUAUUGUAUAAAUAAUUACAAAUUGGUCUAUUUAAAUAGAAGAAGUACGCAGGUCGGAAAAUUCAUACCAGAUCUCUGUUUUUAGUUUAAAACACAUUAUUAUGUGAUGUGAUGACAGAAUGUAUGUAAGUAGUCAUAUCUCCUGACUGUCUCACUAGCAAUAUUUUAAAGAUGUAUGUUAAGAAUUUCCAAAAGAGAGGAAACAGAUUGUAGAGCCUUUUAUUAUCUUUAUUAUGAUUAUUUCUAUUAUUACCUGAAUCAGUUCACCUAUCCCAGUUGUCCAAUCUUAAAUCUAAUUGUUUUCUUAAACUGGGAGUGAAUUGUGCAUGGAUGUACUGUAUGCAUAAGGAGAGCAGCUUGUUGUCUCUGACUGUUUCAUUUUAAACUUUGUACAAUCGUGUGAUGCCUGAAUUUAUGUGUGGUUGUGUGUGUCUAUGUAUGAAAGAGUGUAUGUGAGAGGGAUGUAAUGCAUUGAAAUAAAUGUAUGUGUGAUUGUUUUCAUAUAUAAGUACUUAAACAAAUUCAAGCUAAAUUUCUGUACUCAAGCGCAACCAAUUGUGUUCUUAAAUAUUUUCUCAAACAAAAAAAAAACAAAAAAAAAAAACACAACACGACAAUGUGAUUUUUAAUUUUACAUCGCUUAUGUUUCUGCCCCCUUCUGUUUCUUGUAAUCCUCGACAGAGAUGUUGCUGUUUGAGCUGUUGUCUUAAAAGUACUUUUUGUUUGUUUCUGUUAUGUUGAAGUACUCUUCCUAUGGCGACUGUGGAGCCAAGUAGAUAAAUCUAUGUUGAUCAAAUUCACUUUUUUCUUCCUGAAGAAACUAGUAUUUAUCAGCUAAUAGGUUAGGCUGUGCCUGCCAGUGUUUUAUUUAUUUAUUAUUUAUGACCUGCACGCGACUGGACUUCAGCUUUUAAUUGUGAUGUUUCUGCCCUUGUAUAGCUUUCAAUGGUUAGGAAUGCUGAAGGUGUAAGAAUAUGAGUGUAACUUACCACAAAGUUAUUUUAUUUGUUUGUUUCCUUUUGUCUUAUUUUGCUGUACUUGUGAGAACUGAUGGAGUUUAUUAACUACACACUGUGUCACCAUUCUUCUAGGGCUGAAUUAAUUUGCUUUAAAUUUUAGGUGACCUAAGUUGACUGUGCUUAGGCACUAAAAUCAUUCUGAUUAUUAAUUAAAAUUCCAUCCAUUUAAUUAUCACUAGUCAAGUAACUGGGGUACACCUUGGUUCUUAAAGAAUUGAAUGAUUGAUAGCUAUGGAGUGGGAAUAUUCUCCCUCCCCUUUUUUUGCCUGUUUAUUGUUGAUUUGCUUGUUCUGCAGCCAACUGCGUUUCCUUCCUUGAAUCCAGAAAUUAAUUUUAUAUUCUGAUAAGAAAGUCAGAUGUAAGGAUGCUAAUAAGAGAAAUUGAAUUUCUCAAAAUAUGUCUAAAGGAAGUUGUUAGUGUAAGGCGAUUCUGUAAGUAAUAAAGUCUCCCUUGAACUUAUGUUCAAAGCAAAACCCUCUGUGGUUUAUGAGCAAAAUCCUCUGUGGUUUAUGUAAAUAUGAUCGAAGACUUAAGGGACACGAUUCAAACAUUUUGUAUAUGAGCAUACUUUUUCACUUUUUUACUAGAUUCUCUUUCAUUUCAGAGGCCAUUAGAUUAUGUUCUGUCUGAAUGUAAGUUUUAAUUACCAGGCGUUUGAUGUGUCCAAUAAAUAAGCUACUGUUUGGGUCGAAGCAACAUUGUUGUGUGGGUUAUGACUUUUGAAAUCCAUUUUAACUUUUCAUCUGUUCCAGCCCAUACUGUUACUUCCACCACAUACACUA